AUGAAACGUUUAUGGGACCGAUUUAAGAAAGGGAAAAGGCAAUGUGAAGUGAGCGACAACGUCGACGGGGAAAAUCUCGGCGUGACACCUCUUCAUCUCGCUGUGAUCGCUCGCAGUUGCGAGUGUGUGCGUCUCUUGUUGUCUCAUGGCGCCAAGGCGCAUGUGGUAGCAGUAGCCGGAAUUCACAAGAAAACGCCCUUGCAGUAUGCCGCUCAGUUGGGAGAUGUUGGCAUUGCUCGUAUUCUGUUGGAUCACAAAGCGAAGGUCAAUUAUUCCGCUCGUUAUAACAAAACACCCAUUCAUCAUGCGGUUGUUGACGGAAACAGAGAUUGUGUGCGUUUGUUGCUUGAACGAGGAGCUGAUCCCAAUAUUUGUCGACCCUGUAAUCCUCACAAUAGGAGACAAGAUUUUCCAUUGCAUGUUGCUGGGUUGAACGGAGACGAAGAAAUAGUCAAGCUGCUUCUCAAAUAUGGUGCAGAUGUUAAUCAGUUGGAAGCACAAGAAUGUACAGCAGUGCAUAGGGCAGCUGAGGGUGGCUCAACAGCAGCUCUUUCAGUGUUACUUGCGACUAAUGCUUCAGUCAAUCAAUUUGAUAGCACAGAUCAUGGGGCUGAUCUAAAUGCAGGAACGGGGCUUAGCUUUGGCCCUUCUGCACUCGUGUCAUUGCUCUGUAGUAAAAGCUGUACAGUCGAAUUAGUUGAGCUGUUGCUAUCAAAAGGUGCAAAUGUGAACAACCGAAAUGUCAACUUCCUAAAUAUCAGUAACAACAUUGACUAUUCUCCCCUUUAUAUGGCUGUAAAAUGUCAAGGUCCUGAUAUAGUACGAUGUUUACUAGCAUCGGGUGCUGAUACAUCUCUUAUCUUAAAAAAUGACAGAACCAUUUUAAUGGAGGCAUGCAGCAGUAGCAGAAUUCAGUUAAGUCCACAAAUUGCAGCAGAGAAUGUUUGUUUAUUGGCAUAUACAAAGGGAAUGAAUCUUAACCAUCGUGAGACACGCAGAGGAUACACAGCUCUACACAUUUGUGCCAUAAAUGAGUUGGCAGAUGGUGCUCGUGUGCUGCUGGAUGCUGGGGCUAAUCCCAAAGUUCUAAAUUAUGAGAGACUCACACCAUACCAAUUGUGUCAAUUUGAAGACAGCAAAACAAGAACCGUUUUCCAAGAGCAUGAAGGAAAGGUUCGUUCAUUAGAGUUUCAGUGCCGAGUCGUUCUGCUUAAGAAUUUUACAGCUCGCAAAUUGGCAAACGCCUCACUACCAGAAGGGAUGAAGAGCUCGUUGCUGGCUAUCUUGGCAGUGUAGAUAUCAAUUCACGGACAAACAUUAAUUAACUUAGUUAAUUAAAUUAUAAACACGGAUUGCUUGUAAAAGAUAGAAAUAUGAUUUGUAGUUUUGUUCAAUGUUUAUGUUGUUUAUGGAUUAAAAAUGAGUGAUUG